CUCUUUUAAAAGCUCCAAAAAAGGAUCCAACAUUAAUAAACGAAGGAAAUGCCAGUGGAAAAUGAAAAUCGCUUCUCAUCUGUUGCAUGCUGGACAUUGCAUCGAACGGGACAAAAACGCACAACGCGAUGCCGCUAGAACUGUCAAUGAACUCGGGAUUCUUUUUUCCGCGGAAGAACCACAAUCGCAAGCCGCCAGAGGAGUAAAUAAAAAUACACACUGCACUGACACGUCUUCGCAUUUCGUGCUCUUGUCCUCAAUGGUUGCGGUCAAUUUACGGUAGAAAAAGUGUCCCCUCGCAAUAAAGUGUACAGUAUCCCGUAUCCGGCCCUUCCCACUGGUCUGGAAGAACAAGUGCCGCUUGGUGAUGAUUAUGUGUCGCUGUGCAGUGGAAGCCAUCGUGAACGAUUGUCGGAGCUGGUAAUUACGCGUACACGGCGGGCGCACGGGGCGUGUGAAUUGGCCCGUUUGUAACACCGUCGGCACCCACCACCCAGCAACAGCAAGUGCAGUAGAACUUCAACCGGCAAUGCACAAAACAACCAGCAUGGGUGCGUACAGUGCGGUAACAAUUGUUUGGGCGGUGCUCGUCGCUAUCCUUGCUGGGCAGUGCCGCGGAACGGGAGUCCCCUUGUCCAGUCCGGUGAAGCUGAUCGACGAGCCAGCGUGCGCACAGCUGAAAACGCUCUGCCCGAAGAGUGCCUCGACGGCGGAAGACAUUAAAGCGCUGGAGUGCGUCCAGUCGCUGCAUCCGGAGCAGAUCGACAGUCUCGAGCCGGAAUGCCAACAUAUGAUCUGGCUGCAUACGACGGCCCUGAUGGACGAUGCGAACCUGAAGCGCUUGAUACAGAAGGGCUGCCCGAAGGACUUUCAGCAGUUCCCGUGCUCCCAGAGCGAAGAGCCGGGCCAGUACUUGGCCUGCAUCAUUGACCAUCGAAGCGCGGCGAAAGGCAACGGUUGCAUCAACUACAUAAAGCGCCUGGAAUGGGUGGCCUUCUCCGACUACCGGUUCAUUAAGCGGUUCCUUGCGCACUGUACGCGCGACAUUGAAGCGCUGGGCUGUGGCCGGGUGGCCGCUGGCAACGAUCGGGAAAAGAUGUCCCAGGGUGAAACGGUUGCCUGCCUGCAAAGCUCGCUGGACAACCUGAACGAGGAGUGCAAGCGGGAGGUGCUCCAUCUGUCCGAAGUUCAGUCGGAAGACAUUACGCUCGAUCGGCAGCUGGAUGUGGCGUGCGUGAACGAUGCCUUCCGCUUCUGCCAGUCACUCGCGCCGGGAUCGCCCCAGCUGCUCAAGUGUCUCAUGAAGCACCGGAACGAUCCGGACAUGACGAAAAACUGCCAGCAGCAGCUGCUGCGCCGCGAUCGGCUCGUGGUGCACGACUACAAAGUGUCGCGCGGACUUACGCGCGCGUGCAAGGAGGACAUCAAGACGUACCGGUGCAGGCGGGGCGUGUCCGACGAUAAGGAUGUGCGGCUGGCGCAGAUCCUGCUCUGCCUCGAGGCGGUACAGAAGAACAGCACCAAGCUGAUGCCGGAGUGCGUGGCCGAAAUCAACGACCAUCGGAAGAUGCUGCUGAACGACUACAAACUGUCGCCCGAGAUAUUGACCGGGUGUGAGAAUGACAUUGAAAAGUUUUGCAGCAACCUGGAUGCGGGAGGAAAAACCAUCCACUGUCUGAUGGAGCACGCCCGGUUGAAGAAAAAAAAGGACAGGCGUGUCACGGACAUGUGUCUGCGGGCGCUGGAAACGCUGGUGAAGAUUACGGACGUGGGGGAGGAUUGGCGCGUUGAUCCCGUGCUGCGCAAGGCUUGCAAGCCGGUGGUGGACGUUGCCUGUUCCGACACGGAUGGAGGCGAUGCCAGGGUAAUGUCCUGCUUGAUGGAAAAACUGGGCACCAACUACAUGAACGUGGAGUGCGAAUCGGCACUGCUGCAGAUACAGUACUUUGUGGCACGGGACUUUAAGCUAGAUCCGCAGCUUUAUCGCAACUGCAAGGACGACGCGAUCCGGUUUUGUAAAGCGAAAAAGACCUGGGCCGAUCUCGACACGGCACAGAUGGAUCCGGAACGUGGUCCGCUCAUACUGCCCUGUCUGCACCGGUACGCUUACCCGGAGAAGGAAGAGAUGCGCUUGAAGCCGGAAUGCCUGCAAGAGGUGAAGCGCGUCAUGCGUCAGCGGGCAAAGUCCGUCGAUCUCAUACCGGAGGUGGAGGACGAGUGCUUGGACGAUUUGGCCUACUUUUGCUUCGACAAAACGGCCAAAGGAGAGGAGAUGCAGUGCCUGCAGGACAAUCUCGAGAAGCUGCAGGAGGCGUGCAAAGCGGCCGUUUCGCGGUACACCGAAGAGGAAGCCGCUCACGUCGAGCUGAACCCCAUCAUCAUGUCCGUGUGUGGCGAUGCGAUGGAGAAGCAUUGUGCGAACGUGCUGAAAACCGGGCGCGACGAGGGCGAGAUGAUGGAGUGUCUGAUCGGGGCGAAGAAUCUGCCGGACAUGCGCGAAGACAUCAAGUGCCGGGCGGCGAUCGAACACUUUCAAAUCAUCUCGCUCAAAAGCUUCCACUUUACGUACAAGUUCAAGGAGGCGUGCCGGCUGCACGUGUCCCGCUUUUGCAGCAAAUGCACCACCAAGUACGAGGUGGUGGCCUGCCUGAGCGAGGUGAUGCGCAACGAUACGAUCAAGGAGGCGAAACAUUCCAUCCCGAAGGAGUGCCGGCAGCAGGUGCGCGCCCAGCUGUACCAGCAGCGCGAGAACAUCGACUUCGAUCCGAAGCUGAAGGCCGCCUGCAAGGAGGACAUUGCACGCCACUGUCCACAGAUACCGCACGGUUCGGGACAGGUGAAUACGAACAAUGUGCUGGAAUGCUUGCAAACCCACCACGGCGAUCUGACGGAAGCGUGCCAUCAUCAGAUAUUUUCCAUCAAGAAGUCGGAACUCACGGACAGUGCCACGGACUACACGCUGCUCAACACCUGCAAGGACAUGAUUCGCCAGUACUGCCACGAUACGGAACCCUCCAAGAUGCUCCACUGUCUGAAGCUGCACAAGGACGAAACACUGUUCGACGAUCGCUGCCAUCUGGUGGUGGUGAAUCGGAUGAUCGAGCAGAAUCUAGACUACCGGUUUAAUCCGGCGUUGCAGACGGCGUGCUCGAAGAACAUUGCCGAAUACUGUACGCCCAUCAUACGCAACGCCAAGCAGAACGAGGAGCUGAACGGGAAGGUGAUCGAUUGUUUGAAGAUUCGGUUCCGCGAGGGUAAACUGCUGCCGGAGUGUGAAAAGCAGAUGACGGAGGUGCUGCACGAACGGGCGCUGAACUAUAAGCUUAACCCGCUGCUGCAGAGCGUAUGCCACGAUGAGAUACAGGUGCUGUGCAGUGCCGUUUCCGAGACGGACACGAACGAAGACCAUGGAGCAGUUGAGGAGUGUCUGAAGCAGGCGUUCAUCGACAAGAAGUUGAUUAACCGGGCGUGCAAGGUGGAGGUCGCUGAGCUGAUUCAGGAGGGCAAGGCGGACAUCUAUGCCGAUCCGCUGCUGCAGCGGGCUUGCUCGGUAGACUUGCUGAAAUACUGCUCCCACAUACAAAGCGGCAAUGGACGCUUACUUAAAUGUUUGGAAGGAAUCCUGCAAGGAGAGAGCAAAGCGCUGGAGGAUGAUUGCAAGAACAAGCUGUUGACCCGCCUGGAAAUGUUCCAGAAUGCAGCUGCGUUUGUUCCACCGGCGGAAAGCCUCCAUCAGCUGUACAGCCAGGUGGUUGCGUCGCCCUCGAAGCACUACUUUUUGCUCGUGUUGUUCAGCUUCAUCGGCAUCAUCUUCAUCUUUGGGCUGCUGUGUGGACGCGUUACGCACCGUACGAUGGCCCUGAAGAACAAGUAGUCACGCGGCGGGCGUGAGGCGAUGCUUUAGUUUCCAUUUCAAACGAAUGACUGUGUUAUAACUUAUGUGUUAAAAGCGAGCAAAACCCAUCGUCCUGUAGGGCAAAUGCAAGAAAACUCCCCCGUCUUUACGCUGGUGCAAUACGAGUCGCUUUUAUUUCUUCUUCUGGCCCAGGCUUCCUCAAGGCCCCGAGCACUGUGCAGCUAAUCGAAAAGUACGAAUGUAUUGCAAAAGGAACGAUAGUUAUCGGUGAAGAUCCACGGUCCCGAACGGAGCAGUGUUGAGGGUAUGGUGAUGUAAGGAGGCAUCUUUGAGGAGACAAUUUCUACAAAACGGACAGCACCGACGCGGGCCACCAUCGCAGCAGGCUAGAUGUAUUAUAUUAGUUAGCAUACUUGUAGAACCCGAGGAAAUGUCAUGUGAAGCGACAGGAUUGUGAAACGGCAGCAGCUCCAAAACUGGGACGCGAUUUUGCAGGAGAAAUCAAACAAGAAACAGCCCGUUGGUAAGUGGCACAUUGGAAGACACAUAUAUAGCGUUAGAGAAAUCGUAUCAGAUAGCACGUUGUGUAGAAAAAGACUUUUUUAUACCUUAUACUUACACCGUCGGUGGAAAGUAAAACGAACAAGAGCGCUGUUUUGGAGAGAAAAAUGGCGGUCAAGUUCUUCAAAAAGCAAGUAAGCACAUACACACAAACAGCGAUUUGUACAUGCAUUCGGAUGUGUUAAUAAAAUAGUCAAACCAGGCGUACAA